AUGGCUGAGACUUACAAAGCCCGCAAGGAACAAUUCGUCUCCAACCUCGCCGGUGGAGAUAUCUGGGAAAUCAAUGCCGUGACUCUUGCGGCACAGUCCGCCGUGCUCCUUUGGUCCGCACUUCAGUCCAGGCGCUCCUUCUUCUCCCCUUAUACCAUACCAUCGCUCGUGGCCGAUUUUCUACUCAACGUGCUGGCUAUCCUCUUUGCAAUCACUCUGUAUUCCGAUAAACCUACACUCCUAAAUCUCCUUCUCAUCGCUCCCGCCGUGUUCAUACUUUUGGGACCAAAACCAACACAACCGCCCCAGAAAGCGAAACCACCGCAAGCGGCGCAUAAAUUAUCAGAUGGCGAAUCCGAUCUUAGUCUCGAUUUACUUCCGGUUCGGCCUUUUCUCACUUUUUACCGGGGUGGGAUGAUGGUCAUAACGUGCCUUGCAAUUCUUGCUGUGGAUUUCCGCGUCUUUCCCCGAAGAUUUGCUAAAGUUGAAAACUGGGGGACAUCUCUGAUGGACCUAGGCGUUGGGUCGUUUGUAUUCUCUGGGGGAGUGGUCUCUGCGCGUUCUAUCCUCAAGUCACGCGUUUCAACAAAGGCUUCAGAAUUACCGCGACGCUUCCUGGCCGCCAUUCUGCGUUCAGUUCCUUUACUCGUGCUGGGCUUUAUUCGGCUUUUCAGCGUGAAGGGGUUAGAUUAUGCAGAGCAUGUUACCGAGUACGGAGUGCACUGGAACUUUUUCUUUACGUUGGCACUCUUAUCCCCAUUUGUGGAGAUUUUCCAUGCCCUAACCUCAGUCAUUCCUUCCUACGAAGUGCUUUCUCUUCUCAUCAGCGUCUUCUAUCAGGUUCUCCUGGAAUCUACGACGCUGAAGGAAUAUAUCUUGAUUUCCCCCAGAGGUCCGUCUCUCCUCUCAAAGAAUCGAGAAGGAGUUUUCUCGUUCUUCGGAUACCUGGCCAUUUUUCUUUCUGGCAGGGGAACUGGCCUUCGCGUAAUUCCUCGGGAGACGGGACUAUCUAAAAGACCUUUCGAAGCACGCAAGAAGUUGCUGAUACGUAUGGCACUCUGGGCACUUCUCUGGACAGCUUUGUUUAUAUUCAAUUCCUAUCUCGUAUUUGGGUUUGGGGCCGGCAUCCCAGUGUCUCGUCGGCUCGCCAAUAUGCCAUACGUUCUUUGGGUGAUAUCUUUCAACAAUUUCCAACUGUUUUUCUUCUGCUUGCUCGAAACAAUUUUCUUCCCUUCGGUGUACAGAGCUACCAGCCGAAAGGCUGAAACUGACAGUAGCAACCUCGCGACCAGCAUGGUUAUGAACGCAUUUAACAAGAACGGCCUGGCCGUUUUCUUAGUUGCAAACCUUCUUACUGGGGCGGUCAACCUGGGGGUAAAUACCCUAGACGCAAGCAGAGGAAUGGCCAUGGCUAUCCUGAUAGGGUAUGCUGCGACAUUAACUGGAAUCUCGUUGGCGCUGCAUAGAUGGGGAAUUGCGUUGAAAAUUUGA